GGCUUCUUAAUUAUUUCACAACGCUGACGACAUAGGAAGAUCCUAUUCCCCCUUCCAAAAUUUAGCAUUGGCCUUCAAUGGACUGAAAUGAAGAGUCUCCGUGGUCUACGGUUGGCUUUGGAGUCUGCAAGACCACGACAUGUCUCCUUCCACGAGACAAAUAAGACGCCGGGAGCUCGGGCGAGCUUUAUGACGUGGAGGAGACUUUGGGGAGCGAGUGAAGAUCAGGCCAAACCCUCCGGAGACCCGUCCUCGCGAUCUCGUCCUUAUGGGACAAACCCUCCGGAGCAUGGGCUUGCUCAGCCCGUGCGCUCCGUCAUGCGACAACUACCUCACCCCGUAGUCGUGAUAACGACCCUCGAGAAUACACGCAACCUUGCAAAGGUCGAUGAAUUGUUAGACGAGAAGUUACCAAACCCAAUUCCUCGAGCUAUGACCGUCUCCUCUUUCACCUCGCUCUCCAUCAAUCCCGUCCCUCGAGUGACCUUUAACAUCACUCUACCAAGCACCACCUAUAAGGCCCUUGCAAAGUGCGGGAAGUUCAACGCCCAUAUCCUCAGUGGCGACAACCACGGCGCAAGGAUCGCCGAUCUUUUUACUAGAGGUAACAGACCUCCAGCUACCCAGGAGAUAGCUAGAGAGACAGAGAAGACACCCGCAGAUACACAUGAGAGUGGUCUAGGGGUCCUCGAGGGACUGCAGAGUCUUGGUGUCCGGGUACUAGGGCGAGAGAAAUGGCAGAAAGAGUGGAAGCUAGCAAGAGACUACGGAAAGAAAGUCCUUGAUACGGUGAAGUCAGGGGGCUAUAUAAAAGACGUCGCAGUACCACCCGCAGGUACGUUGCCAGUCUUGAAGGGCCGAGGCAUCUCACACGUGUUAAAGUGCAAGUACCACCAUUUAUCACCCCCAGUGGACGGCGACUUUGAUCACCAUGCUAUUGUCAUAGGCGAAGUCAUGGAUGUAAUACCGGGAGAUUCCAGAGGCGGUGGCAGUGUUGCGCUUGCGUACGCGGAUAGGGCGUACCGACAGAUGGGAGAGACGCUAUUAGAGAGACCGGCGACUGAGCAAGUAGCUCAAGCACCUGGAAUAUCGUCUGAAGAAGCGUCUAAAGAAGACACCACUCCAGUACCCGACAAUGUACCUACAACCGAUAUAGACGACCAAAAACAGAGUUAAUACAAAUUCCACGAAACCUCGGGUGUUCUUAGUGUGCACGCAACUUUAUUAUGCUACCUCUACUAAAUAAGUCGAUAGCGAGUCUGAAAUCCCAC